GAGUGAAUCAGCGCGCGCCGCAGCUGCGAAGGGGUCGCCGCCGCCGCCGCCGCAAUCACAGCGUGCCUGGCAGACGAUGUAGGGGGAGCGCGACGCGGGGGGCUGUUGCCGUGUGAGUGAGUAACCUUUUCCGUGCCCUGUCCUUCGAGGGGAUUCGUGCUUUCCUUCUGGCUGCAAGCUCAGCCUUUGCCCGGGGAGUGCGCAAGCAGCCGGUGGACAGUUGCAAUGGUCACAUGCUGCGGGCAAGGCUGUGUGACUAGGUUGCUCUGCCUCACGCAGGCAUUGAGCUUGAGGAGAGCGGCUUUCCCUUUCCCUUUCCACCUCAGACAGCGAGGGUUUAAAAAAGAUUGCUUUCUCUGGCUACCUAAGGCUGUUGGGUUGUUUACAUUGUAUUAGGGAAACAAAACACCAGCGCUUUGGAUGGGCGUUACAGUGCUACAGAUGCAGCUUCUCUUCAGAAAUGUAGAACGGAGAACGUGAAAUAUAGUUAUUAUGAGAGAGAGGGCAGAGCUGUCCAAAGGUUUUAGGGCCAACUCUGAGCUGGAAGACAAUACUGGCAUACAUAAGUGUGGGACAGGCCCUCUUAAUUCAGUAAUGUUUGCGGCAGUCUGUCCUUUGUCCUGCCUCCUGUCCUAACAGGCCUGGAAGUAUGCAGGUUUUUAAGUGGAGAAUGCCAGGCCUUGUGGCAGGUUAGUUUACUAAAGACUUUUGACCAAGCGUAAUUUUUUUCUUCAAGUAGCAGUACUGUGUCUAAGAAAGUUCAUACAGUUGCAAGGUAUGUAGCUGAUGCGUAGCUUUGUAUGUGUGAUUGUAUGCAGCGCAUGCCAUUCCCAAAAUAUUAAUCUGAUUUUUAGAAUCACAAAACCCGAUGGUGUCUUUCAAAACAAGGCUACCGGUAUAUCCUUGGGAGUCUUAAAGCAAACUAUCUGCACAACGUGGAACAGUUCCUAAGCAUACUAAUACUUGAAUGAUGAGCCUUCCAGUGAAGCUUUAGGGAUUUUUGAAAGUAGGCUCUUCAGCUGUAUGGCGGCAAACAUAAUAUUUGUCUUCCAGUGUGAAUAUCAGACCUUAAUAGUCUCGAUUAGCAGUUUUGAGUUCAGUAGAGUUAGGUUUGAUUUCCAGAGUAUUACCUUCCAAACAGCAUGUUAUUCUGUGCAGGUUUGAUUUGAUUAAUUUCAAUACCGCUUAAUAUAUUAAAAAUAUCUGUAAGCAGUGUACAGAAAAUGGAAUCAAUAAUACACAAUUUGAACAAAAUAUUUCAAAAAUGCACAGUUAUAUAUGUUACAUUUAUACAAAGUUACUAAUAUAUAUCAAUCAAUAUCCAUUCAUUUUCCUUCUGCCGCACCCUCCCUCUCAGUCUCCAGGUUCUCACCCAGAAUCAGGUCAACACAAACUCUCAGCUCACCCACAAAAGUCUCACAUUGACAAGGGUUCCUGGAAAUAGCAGACAUCACCCUAGUCUCUCACUCUAGACUUGCUCUUCAUGGACAGACCCAAGGUGGAUGGUACUUCCUCAGGCUGCCCACAACUGUGUCCCAUUCAGCUGCAUUCUCCACACUCAUUUGUGGGCAGCCCGAGGAGUACCAUUCCUAUCCUCAAACAGCUGGUUUGUUGAGUUUCCCAGGGGGUCCAGAGGAUAGGAAAAGGACCCUCUUCAGCUCACAGCUCUAUCUUCACCCAUGUCCUCUCCUCUUCCUCCAGCUUACCUCCUCCUUGCAACUAUGUAUAAGCAUGCCUACUUCCAAGUAAGAUUCCAGUGGAACCAAUGGAAACACAUUUUGCAUUCUUAUCUGGGUUCUGGAGACAUUCCAUAAAAGCUGUGGAAAGUUAAUAUUCCAUGGCUUGUGCAUGGGCAAUCUGAUGUUGCAAUUAAGAUAUCUGAUGCGGUCUGGGGAUUGCUACAGCAUAUCUGGCAACAGUAUGUGUUUUAAGUGUGGUUUGCACUUCUGAAAACUUUCACACCAGCAAAUGAUAAGGAGGAUAAAGAGCAGCACCGGGGAAUUGGUUGGGGUAAAUGUACAGGAUUUGGACUGAGUUAUGCUGGUGGUUAGGUGUAUACGAGAAGGGAAAAACACUUUGCUAGCUUUGUCUGUGAUGAAAUACCCUAAAUAUCUCUUUAAUCUUUAGGCAUGGGUGGCUUCCACAUUUGAAUCUGAAGUAUUGUGUAAAACUGUACAAGAUAAAUCAUUGCAACAUAAUAAGCUGCUACUGCAGAUUUGUCCAAAGCAUUGUUUACUUACAUGGGUUGUAACACAAGACUCUCAAGUUGUACUCAGUAACAGAAGUGGUUUGGGCUCUAAGUAUCUAAGGCUGCAAUCCUUCCUUACUCCUAGAUACAGUGGAAUUUACUUCUGAGUAAACAUGCAUAGGAUUGCACUGUUAGAGACAAGCUUUUGUACCAUCUCCUAUUGUGGCCUUUGCAGUUAUUUGAGAACAGAGGGCUUUGUGUUAUAUUUCAUCUAUGUGCUAAGUAGAACUGAGCAUGUAUUUCCAGAAGUUUAUCAAAGCUCAGCAUUUAUUAGCAUUAGGAAACUAGUGAGUAUCUGUAUUCAGACCUUCUGCUCUUGAAAUGUGUUGUCUGUGGGGCUGCCUUUGGAAACUGUGGUUAAUACAGAAAAUGACAGCUGAAUUCUAACUGGGAAUAGACGUUAAGCUCAUAGUACACCUGUAUGAUGCCAGCUGCACUGGCCCUAGUCCAUUUCUGGGCACAUUAAGAAGUACUGGUGGGUAUUUGAAGCCCCUGGGCAUGCUCUUGCCAGCAGAAGCAAGAUAGGUGCCUACCACUGAGGAGACUCUUUCAGUGAUGGUGCUCCAGUUGGGGUAUGUUCCAAAGAGGUUUGCCUGGUGCUUACCUUCCUGUCCUCUCCUGAGUCUUUUGGAUGCAGUUUCAGCCCUACUAACAGCUUCAUUUUUUUUUAUUUUUGUGGUGUGUGUGUGUGUUUAAUUGUUUUAUUCAUUUGGUAAACUGCCCUGUUUCCUUCCAACUUAGCAGUUUGAAAGCACACCAGUGCAAGUAGAUAAAUAGGUACCGCUCCGGCGGGAAGGUAAACGGCGUUUCUGUGCGCUGCUCUGGUUUUGGUGUUCUGUUGCACCAGAAGCGGCUUAGUCAUGCUGGCCACAUGACCUGGAAAAACUGUCUGCAGAAGCGGACAAACGCCGGCUCCCUCGGCCUGUAAAGCAAGAUGAGCGCCACAACCCCAGAGUCGUUCAUGACUGGACUUAACUGUCAGAGGUCCUUUACCUUUACCAUUUUAAACUUCCUGUUAUAUAAUUUUGGGCUGGUAUUAAAAUGCUUACAAUAUUUUAUUUGUUUGAUUAUGUAUUCUCUGGAAACUUUCAUAACACUCUUAAGAACAGAGGUAAAAUGCCCAACUAAUAGCCACUGAAUUAACUCCCAGUGCCUAAACUCACUGUGAGCUACUUGCUAAUUCAGAAGUGGUGUUGGAAUGAUAAGCUGCAGCGAAUGGUGGCUUUAACUGCUAAUAACUUAUGGCGCUGGUGGAUGAGGGACAUGGAUACUGAAUGCUUUUGGUGAGUCAGCAUUUGAAAUGCAUACAUAAUCCAAAGUGGGUCAGCUGAUACCUGUCAUCGGGCCAGACGUGUGGGUGAGAAGCAAGCUUCUGAGUUGCACAUAUCACGUCUUCAGGCAGGAAUUUGAAGUAGUAGUGGCAGUAUGUAUGUGAGUCAGAUGGGCCUCUGUAAGUGACUCAGGCCAUUUACUUCCUUCCCUCAGGCCUAAAUCAGUUUAAUCUCCAGUUUCUUGAAUUGUGGUCACUUUUGAGGAAGAGUAUGACUGUUUGAAUUUUUUCUUCUCUUACACAGGAAGGAGGAGAUGUCUGGCCUCAGCAUAGCCUGCCCACUUUCUUUAAAGAAUUCCAAUAGGCUUGAUGCAAUGGCAUCAUGGUUCAUGCUAGGAUUCUGCAGUUGUGGCUGGCGUACUGCACUUAGCUGGCCUGUGAGUGAUCACUACUUUAGUUAGUCAAUUUUGUUUUCUUUUUGUUUACCUCCUUAUUCCACUUUUUAAGAUUUUCUUCCAAAUGGGUUCACAUUAAUUUUAAACAAAAAUGAGGGGCCAAGCUUGUCCUUAAGUUUACACACUUAAAAAAUAAUAAUAGUUGGGUAUAAAGAUACUCAACAAAGGUAGAGAAGUAAUAUCAGCUUCACAAUGCCAGAAGAAAGGGAUGAAUUACAAACAGGCAUUAACAGUGUGGACCAGGGCAGUGUGCAAUUAUCUUCCUCUCUUUGGUACUAGGACAAGCUGCAGUUUGAGUUGAGUGUGUUCUUUCUAAUAAAAAGGGGAAGAGCAAGUGCCUUUAUUUGGCCAAUGGACUUGACCAAGCUGCACUUCCCUUUGCCAUGAUGUUCUUCCUGGGUGGAAGGCAGUCCGAUCUCCCAAUGGCUCUUGGUCCCCUUGCUGACGGGAGAUGCCAGAAUGUGCUUCCUUUCAGAUCUGCAGUCCCAUUUAUGAUGUGAAGAUCCCUGUUAGUGGGUGGUGCGUGGGUGUCAAGAGAAAGCCCACAACAGCACGCUGGGAAUGGAGAAGGAUGAUGGUUCCGUCUGGCAGUGUUUUCUUUCUUGUUCCUUAUCAGAAUGUUUCCUCAUUUCCUUAAGCCACAAUUCGUAUUCAUAUUCAAACUGUGAUUUGAGGCAACAAGGAUAUACAGUGGUGCCCCGCAAGACGAACGCCUCGCAAGACGGAAAACCCGCUAGACGAAAGGGUUUUCCGUUUUGGAGGCGCUUCGCAAAACGAAUUUCCCUAUGGGCUUGCUUCGCAAGACGAAAGCCCAUAGGGAAAUCUCCAGGGACCUCUUUUAAAUGCUAGCGGUGGGGAGCAAAGCCUUCCCCCCCCCCGGCCUUCAGAAGAGGUCCAGGAAGGCUGGCGGGGGCCGAAGGCUUUGCUCCCCACCGCCAGCAUUUUAAAAGCAGUCCGGGAUAGCAGGGAAGCGCUUCCCGCUAUCCCGGACGGCUUUUGAAGGCAGGAGAGGUCCGCUGAAGCCUGGGCGCGCUGAUCUCAGCGCGCGCAGGCUCGGCAUGCCGGCAACUCUCCGCAAGCAGCGGCAGCGCUGCCGCUGCUCGCGGAGAGGUCCGCGAGCCUGGGCGCGCUGAUCUCAGCGCGCGCAGGCUUCGGCAUGCCGGCAACUCUCCGCAAGCAGCGGCAGCGCUGCCGCUGCUCGCGGAGAGGUCCGCGAAGCCUGGGCGCGCUGAUCUCAGCGCGCGCAGGCUUCGGCAUGCCGGCAACUCUCCGCAAGCAGCGGCAGCGCUGCCGCUGCUCGCGGAGAGGUCCGCGAAGCCUGGGCGCGCUGAUCUCAGCGCGCGCAGGCUUCGGCAUGCCGGCAACUCUCCGCAAGCAGCGGCAGCGCUGCCGCUGCUCGCGGAGAGGUCCGCGAAGCCUGGGCGCGCUGAUCUCAGCGCGCGCAGGCUUCGGCAUGCCGGCAACUCACCGCAAGCAGCGGCAGCGCUGCCGCUGCUCGCGGAGAGGUCCGCGAAGCCUGGGCGCGCUGAUCUCAGCGCGCGCAGGCUCGGCAUGCCGGCAACUCUCCGCAAGCAGCGGCAGCGCUGCCGCUGCUCGCGGAGAGGUCCGCGAGCCUGGGCGCGCUGAUCUCAGCGCGCGCAGGCUUCGGCAUGCCGGCAACUCUCCGCAAGCAGCGGCAGCGCUGCCGCUGCUCGCGGAGAGGUCCGCGAAGCCUGGGCGCGCUGAUCUCAGCGCGCGCAGGCUUCGGCAUGCCGGCAACUCUCCGCAAGCAGCGGCAGCGCUGCCGCUGCUCGCGGAGAGGUCCGCGAAGCCUGGGCGCGCUGAUCUCAGCGCGCGCAGGCUCGGCAUGCCGGCAACUCUCCGCAAGCAGCGGCAGUGCUGCCGCUGCUUGCGGAGAGGUCCGCGAAGCCGUGGCUGGACAGCUUUUGAAGGCAGGUGGGGGGGACAAAGACUUUCGCCCCCGCCAGCCUUCAGAAGAGGUCCAGGACCUCUUCUGAAGGCUGGCGGGGGCAAAGUCUUUGUCCCCCUGCCUGCCUUCCCAGGGGCUUUAAAUUGCCCCGGACAGCGGAGAAGUCCUCCGCUGUCCCGGGGCAAUUUUAAAAUGCCGCCCGCCAGCAUUUUAAGAUCGCCCGGACAGCGGAGAAGCCCUCCGCUGUCCCGGGGUUUUUUAAAAUGCUGGGGUGGGUGGGAAGAAAGCCCUUGUCCCCCCCCCCCAGCCUUCAGAAGAGGUCGGGGGACAGACUGUCCCCGGACCUGGUCUGAAGUCGGUUUCCCUAGGAACGCAUUAAUUGAUUUUCAAUGCAUUCCUAUGGGAAACCGUGCAUCGCAAGACGAAAAACUCGCAAGAAGAAAAAACUUGCGGAACGAAUUAAUUUCGUCUUGCGAGGCACCACUGUAUAUAUGAAGAAGGGAGGAGGACAGAAGGGCGGAAGGUAGCCUGCAAGCUCAUUGCUUGCUCCCAAUCCGCUAAACCAUGGUUUGGAGGAUCAGGAAUAUGAUGUCUGAAUAGAAGCUCUGAUUAUAUCUCCAGAGUGCCUGAGCAACAGGAAUCCUGCUUCUAGUUGACAACAUAUGGCCAAUUCAGUGAUGACAUUUUAAUAGACUUCUAUGACAGACGUGGUGUUACCCAGUGAACUGUUGUGAAAGAGCUCGACAUUUUCUUUGAAAUGCCCAUGCCCCCCCUACAAAGAUUAGUUUUGUGAGGCAUUCCUGAAAAAUGAAGAUUCUGGACAUUCUUCCAAUGUUCAUUUGUGAAUAUUUCAAUUUAUUCAGGCGCUGAGCGUGCCCUCCACAUUAGGCUGUCUUUUGUUCUUACUCUGGCGAUUGGCAUGUUAAGGCCCUUGUCUGAUUGUAUGGGGCUCCUUAUUUUAAUGAGGGCAAGCCUCUUUGCUUGCUGCUCCUGCCAUAUUUUCCCCUUUCUAAAAAGUCAAUGAACUCUCUCAGGCUUGUAGUUAGGACAAAGGGCUUUUUAUGCUGAAUGAAAUUUAUUCCCUGUGACCAGCUUGUGGGAAGCAUAAUACAUUCAUUAGUAAUGUUCUGCUUUUUUAUAUUCUGCCCUCUUUCGUAUGGUGCAGAGAAGAGAAAUAUCAACAGGAAAGGGGCAUGUGCUAUUAACAUCCAAGAGAGAAGUAGUGGAACUUCUGCACUGACAGAUAUGAUUAGUUCAGGAUAUAGCUGUGCUCUCAAGCUGACUAUGGCUCCAAACCCAAAUCAACCUAGUCCUAAAUCUGGAGUAUAAGCAAGGUUGGUAUUGCAAAGAAUUAAAAUAAGAGGUGAUACUACUCAUCAAUAGUAUAUGGAUUUUUGUUUUAAUGAAUUUGCUAGCAAGGGUUUUUAGUGUAUAUGUGUUUUUAGCACUAUUUUAUCUUUUUAUUUUCGUAUUCUUAAUGUACAUUGCCCCGGGCUCUUCUGAGGAAGGAGAAAUAAAUAAAAUGACAUGAUGAUUCUGCAGCUUGAUGUGAAGGAAAAUUUAGAAUAGAAACAUGUUUGUGUUUUAAACAUUAUAAUCCAAUUGGCAAUCCUAAGAACUAUGGUUUGCCCCCCAGUGCAAGAGUUUUAUGCAAGCUGAAUAAUCAUGUAAUUUCAGUCGUGUUGCCUUAAACUCUAUUUCAAGAGCAAAGUUCUGUCAACUUCCUGUAAGAGACUUACUGGCUUGGUUUGGACAAUCUUUCCUGAGCCAUUAUUUAGAAAGAUCAUCCAAACUGGACCGGGCCAUUGAAAACAUUUCUGCAUUGCUUGAAUGUGUGCUCGAGCCUUCCCCAAUCUGGUAGCCUUCGGAUGUUCUUGGGUUAUAAUUCCCUUCAUCUCUUACCAUUAGCAAUGCUUGUUGGGGCUGAUGGGAGUUUGAAUCCAAAAUGCCUGGAGAGUGCCAGGUUCAGCAAAGCUGAUGUACACCCUUGCUGCUAAACUGAUUUUAUUUUUUCCUCUGUUGCAAUUUUCUGUUACUGUAAUUUGUUUUUUUUAUGACUGUACUUUAAUAUAAUUUCUUAUUCAUUUAUUUCUGCCUAGCGAUUGCAUGUAAUUGGAUGGCUUAUAUAAAUAUAAUUAAUGUUUCUGAGUCUUUUUAUUAGUUUUCCUUGUUUGUAGUUAUUGCCAUUUUUGCAAUCGGCUUUUGAAACUUUUGCAGUCAUGUAGGAGGAGAGAAUUGCUCCAAACCAGUUUCCUAUUCCCUCUUUUGCACUCUGUCUCACAAUGUUUUGGAGGAUCCCUGACCUCCCAGAGAGGCUGUGAGGGAUUGCAAUUGGCUGCAGGGAGAGAAUGGAUGAUAAACUUUUACUGUCCAUGAAGGAUUUUCAGGUUAACUUAUCUUAGGAUCUAUGUAUGUAUCAUAUGAGACUCAUAACAUCUUUUCUCAUAGCCGUUCAUAGCACUACAUUUGUAGGUGCUAGGUGUGACUCCAAUAUAAAAUAGCCUAUGAGUUUCAAUUUAACGUGUUUCCUCUUUCCAUUCCUAGGAAAGUACAAUCGCCAUGCAGCAUGCAGUUCAGGUAGGCACAGUGAAUUACUGACGUCUUUAUUAUCAUUUCCCUACCUUAACCAAGUAAAAAAAUAUGCCUCUGAAGAAAGACCUGUGACGAUUUACAGCCGAAUCCUGUGCAUGCCUACUCAGGAGUAGGUCCUAUUGAGCUCAGUGCUCCUGGAAACUGGGAAUAGAAUUGCCACCCAAAUGUGCCAAAUUUAUGUGUUGCAAUAACUCGCUGUUUAUUUUACUCGCUGUUCUUUUAAAAUGAAAAUUCAAAGUUUGGAAUCCAGGCUGCAUGCCUGUCUUGGACCAUACAUAAAACCAGCAUCUCUGAUGUUCAAUAAGGCUGUUCUAAAACAAACAUGAAGCGUUUGGGUAAUAGAUUAGAUAAUGUCAUUACUGACUUAAUACUACUUUUGUACCUUUUUUUUUGGAAAGGGCUUAAUAAUGUUUAGCAAUAAUGUUCAACCGUUACAACUCACAACCUGUAUUGCAGGUUGCAGCCUACCGUGUAUUUCAAAGUGUAGCCAAGUUGUCUUGUUUAGCUGUUGAUGUCUCCCCUUAGGUGUGGUUUGGAGAGGAUCCCCCUCUAAGUCCACGAAGUCCGCUGACUCCAAGGCAUGGCCCAGGCUUGGCAGAUGUUUUGCUCUACGACCAGUGGAUAUCUGUCCGACAUGAGGCAACUCUGGUUCCUAUGCAGGAGGACCUCUCCAUCUGGCUAUCUGGCUUGUUGGGUACAGUACUAGGAAUAUUUGUCUGUUUGGAAGAGCAUUGCCCUAAUUAUUGUUGUCCUUGAGCCCCAUUCAGGGAUCUGUCUCCUACAUUUAUUUAUUUAUUCAUUCAGGAAUAUGUAUACAGUGGACACUUGGGUUGUGAAUGUGAUCCAUGCGGGAGGCACGUUUGCAACCUACGGCAUUUGCAACCCACAGUGCCGCGUCUGUGCAUGCACGGUUGCGAUUCGGCGCUUAUGCGCAAAGCGCAAUUUAACACUUCUGCGCAUGCGUGACUGUCGAAACCCGGAAGUUACCCGUUCUGGUACUUCCUGGUUUUGGUGAGCCCCUAACCUGAAAAAAUGCAAGCUGAAGCGUCUGUAACCCGAGGUAUGACUGUAAACUGCUUAAUCAAAGUGCUCCUUAUUCUGGCUAAGAACUAUAAGAGCUGUAUUUAAUAAAAUUGCAGAUAAAAACAUAGCUAAAAUGGUCAAAACUCUCUCUCUCUCUGUGUAUAAAGAUAUGUAAAAUAAUCAGCAUUAAAACACUGUUAAAAUAAAACUAAUAAAGUAACUAAAUUUUAAAACUAAUAGAGGUAACUAAAUGCCUGGGUUGGCUUGCUGAAAUAAAAUACGUUUUUAACAAAAGUCUAAAACUAAAUACAGUCGUACCUUGGAGCCCAAACGCCUUGCAAGUCAAACGUUUUGGCUUCUGAAUGCCAAAGCGAGUGUUCCGGUUUGCGAACGUUCUUUGGGACCUGAACGUCUGACAUGGCUUCCAAUCGGCUGCAGGAGCUUCCUGCAUCCAAUUGGCAGCCACGCCUUGGUUUACGAACAUUUUGGAAGUCAAAUGGACUUCCAGAACGGAUUCCUUUUGACUUCUGAAGUACCACUGUAUAUUGAGGGUGCCAUCCUAAUGUAAAUAGGCAGGAGUUUCAGAGCACAGUCGCUGCCACAGUGAAAGAUGGACUCUGAGUAAAUGAGGGUUGAAGAAGAGAGUGAAGGUGUGCUAGCCCCCUCUCCUGAGUCCCAUCCCACUUUCCACAUGCUGGAAGGCAAGCAUCUGAAGUGCAGAUCCUGCUGCAUGCUUGGAGCCUCUCUGCAAAACCCCUGCUGCACAUGAUUGCCUUCCAAUGCCUGGCAGGCAGUGGGGACGCAAUGAAGGCAGCAAUCUUAGUAAGCACAUUCCUGCUCUCUUCUCAUGUGAUUUGAAUUGUGUGAGGAGAAGAAUGUCUGCUUUGGGCUAAAGUUUAGCACAAAAAAAGUCAGAACCAUUACCGUACCCAAGGAAUUGCAGCCACCUCUUCCUGUUCAAGGUACUUUCCCCCCCGGGUCUCUUUUUCUCUUUCAUUUGCUAAGAGCAUAUAAUAAUGCCUUGCCACAAUCUUUUUAAAUGUUCGCAUGUUUCAAAAAGCACGGACUAGUUGAACCAGUCGGUGAAUUACCAUUAUGCAACCUGUAGCCCAUAAUAUAGGCUGCAAUUCAAAUGAUUGCUUUAAAAUGCAGGAACACAAUCAUAUGCAAUAAAAUGAAGAAUAUGAAUGAAGUCUACGAUGUUGUGAUUUCUAAUGUGUUGAGUAUGAGGUAAUUUAUCACUCAGUGUAGGAUGCCACAUGGUUCUUCUGCAACCUUCCACAGCUCCUUCUGUUGUUGUGCUGGCUCUGCCACAUAUAACAUCUUCCUGGUUAGCUGUGUGCAUCCGACUUCCUCAACUCGGUGUCUUCCAUAUGUUUUGGACUACAACUCCCAUCGUCCGCAGCUGCUGGGCAAGGCUGGCAUGAAGUGUUUGAAGUGGGUUUGAAGGUUCAGCUGAAAUUGGUCAAAAUACACACAGAGAAAGGAUCAUUUGGAGGUUAUUUUCCUGUGAAAAUGGGCUGCGUUUAUGUCUAUGCAUGUCUGAGUUGUCCGUUCAAGUUUAUUAUUCACUACUCUAAUGAAAAAGUGGCUCUUUUACAGGGGUAGAACUUACAGCCGACCAAUUGUUGGAAGAUCUUGAUAACGGUGUGUUGCUAUGCUUGUUGGUUGGAGUCAUUCAAAGCACAGUAAAGGAAAUUUGUGACCCAAAUAGUUUAAGGGUAAGUACAGCAUUCAUCACAGCUUAUAAAAACAUGGAAGUGAGAUUUUCUACAAACUAAUUUCACUGGGAUUAUUUCUGCUCAGGUUCACAUGAAGGAUGUAGCAUGCAAACUGAACAUUUACCUUGUUAAGAUGUAGCUGUGGUAGCACCAGAAGGUGCUUUUGCAUCAGCCAUGAUAGCAUGUUGUAGCCAGAUGUGCUUGUGCUCCUGGUUCAGAUGUUGCUUUUUCCACAUGAAUGCGGGCAAGUGCAAGCCCAAGAAUGUUGUCAUGUAUGGAACUUUGGUAACAUUGUUGCAUCUUCAGAUCCAAAGCUUAAGGCUAUUAUACUUCUGAUGAGAUCUCAUUUUUAAGUAAUGCAUUCGGGACAUCGGCCCCUGGAGUCCAUCUUUUAUGCUCCGCCCAGGAGAAUCAGCAUCAUGUUGUUGACUUGGCAGCAUGUCAUGGCAAACAUGUAUGUCAUAGCUCCUUACAGAAAAUGACACUGGAGACAAGACAAGGGUAUUGCAGGAGCCCUUGUCCAUUGUGGAGUGGGGGGAAAGGAGGGGGCUGUUUAUGAAGCACAGGAUACACAGAGACAGUUUGAAUCGCUUCCCACCUUGGGCUCCUUUCAGGAGGAAGGGUGGUAUAUAAAUCUGACAAAUAAGUAAACAAAUAUUGACACAUUUCAGGUGCACCUCCUUUCCUCUUGAGCAGUACAGGUGCAAUGGGCUGUUGAAAGGUGCAGAUGCAGGAGCGUAGGAAGACAGGUGGUGGUUUAGUUAUGGGAUGUGUGGCAUAAAAGCUGUAGGGUGAAGUAUAGUGGCAAGAAGCUCUGGAAACAAAAGUGCUACAGGUGAUACAUGCCAAAAUGCAUGUAAGCCUUCUGCAACUGGAGAGGCAGGCGGUUCCUCAUAAGUAUGUGGGAUGAGAAGGGAUUGGUGUGAGAUGAGGGCAGUACUGAGCAGCCCAGGGCAGUGCUGGAAGGUGGCCACACCAGUGGGGCACCAGAUUAUAGGGGGUGGAAAUGAUCAGCCCCCAAUUUGGUUAUUGGUUUGAUUAUUUAUGAUGCUUCGGAACAGAUAAAGGGUGAGACUUCAUUCGAUUUUUAUUCUGCUGUGAAAGGGAAAAGAUAAUUUGGAAUAUUAAAAAAAACAACCCACAACCUUUCUGAUCAUAGUGCUCUGAAAUAGUUUAUGCAUUGGAAUUCAUUAGAAAUAUUAGUGAAUCAUAUGUUAAGUCUUCUGACAACCUUCUUCUGCAUUUAGGUUACUGGAGCAUUAUUUUGUAUACCCUUGGGGCUUUGUCCUGAUUUCUUUUCAUGUGAUACUCCAUUCUUCUGCAUUUUGCUGAUAAGAUAUUUUUAAACCAUCUUUCAGAUCCUAUUUUCAGCAGAGCAAGUAGCAAGUCAGUUAGGUAUGGGUGGGCUCCCCUUUUUUGAGGAAAGUGUUUCUGACAACUAAAGGCUAACCUCCACAAACCUUGAUACAUGGUCUAUUUAAUCCUGUUUCAGCCAAGUCCUCAACAGUGCCAGUCAAAACCAUUUCCAUCACUGGUAAUACAUACCCAACAAGAUUAGUUUCCAUUGCAGUUCUCUUCCUUGGAAAGCAAUCUAAAAGUGCCUUCCAUGUGCUCACAAAACCUCUCUUCCUGUGACCACCACCCAGAUGUAAUACAUUGUGUUGGAUCCAGGUUACUUUAGUUGUGCUUUCAUUUCAUUGAAAUCAACAGAGCUUCUAUCCAGUAGCACAGAUUUCAAUUACACUAAAAGAGUGACUAAGAGAGCAAUCCUAUAUACCAGAAGCUGGUGUAGUGCAAGAUUUUGUUCUUCCCCUAUAAUAUCCUCUUUUUUUGGGUUUACAGCAGCUUAAGAACGACCAGACUUGGUUCAGCUAGCUGAGGGAUAAGCAGGUGUGUCUGCAGCUGAAUUGAGGUUGAGGGGGUUAAGCUGGUUUAGCUGGCUGUGUCAGGAACCUCUCAGCAAAGCCAGAGAUCUGCUGGAUCCUAACCCUGCUCAUCUCUGUGAAUCUUCCUAUAGCCUUGCUGCCAAAAUUAAUCUGGAUCUAACCUGCUAUGCAUAUAGAUGUAAGGACUUUGCGAUGGUAUAAAAAUGAAUUUUUCCCAAGCCUUCUGAUGGUUAUAGAUAAACCGUUUUACACAACCAUUUUCCUCUUUCCAGGAUUUCCCUUUGAGAAAAGUCCCCUGUAAGAAAGAUGCACCUUCGGGAUCCUUUUUUGCUAGAGAUAACACUGCCAACUUUCUCAAAUGGUGUCGCUGCAUUGGCGUGGAUGAGACUUACCUCUUCGAAUCUGAAGGCUUAGGUAAAUAUCGCCUAAUGAGGUCAGUCCCAUGAAAUGACAUGGCCAUUAAUUUCUCAGGCAGGUUGUUGCUGUGGCUUCUAGUUAAAAGGGGUAGAACUGUUCAUAAGAACUGGUUCCUAUGAGUGUGUUCCAGAGUUCCUUGAUUAUGAAACAGGUGGUGCACAUUUCUCUGUAAAAUACAGAGUUAAGGUAUAACCAAUGCAUGCUUCAAUACAGAGCAAAAUACAGAGCCAGGGUACCAAAUAUAUCAUGGAGAGAAAGAGGAGGACUUUCUUGCUUGUUGCUUUUGGGGAUAAUGGGGGGACCCUAGAAUAGCUUUCAAGCCAGCUGCAGAACAAAAAUAUAUUAAUUGUUUUAAAACUAAGCUGUACAGAUUUACUGAGGGUGUUGUAUCAUGCUCCUCAAUGGAACCAGGACUCACUUGCUCAGGAAGUUGGGAUUUCCUUCUCCCUCUGCUCCAUAUACUGACUUAUCCGGGGGACUUCCAUAUGGUUCUUUGCCUUAUUAAUGCUCUGAUAUGCAUUGAUUGUGGUUCACCAUACUCUGUAACACUUUCAGAUUCUGGGUGGAGUCAGCAAGCAGUGAGUUGCGAUGUUGAGGUCUUUUGCCACAUUCACCAUGACAGCAACUAUGGCAGCUCUUCUUAUAAACUACUACGUGUGACUCUGCUGUCACUGGUGACAUUGGAUGGUGCUAAGAAACAUUUUUUGGGUGUGUGUGGAAAUCUGGGUGUGCUUUGUUUGCAUUUUGGGGUGUUUUGAAAGAUAACUAUACUUGGAAAUGGGAAGUUAGCUUUUUCUAAGUCAAUAAAGCUCAAUGGUUGGUUGGUUGGUUGGUAGGUUGGUUUUCUCUUUCAGUUUGCUUUUUUUUGUUUUUACCUUGGAAUCCUGCACUGGGGCUUGACCACUCAAACCUACCCACCCCACAUCAACAUCAACAUGCAAAGUACCAGCAGAGCAUGCAUGAGAUUUGGGGGCUCUCUUGAACUCCAAUCCCAUCUAGAAAGAGAAAAGGUGAUAUAGAAGGGUGGUGUUCUAACAACAGUGGUAGGAGAGGUCCCCAGAGGGGCUGUCAUUGCCCUAUAAAAACUCCACAGAAUGGCUAUAGAAGGUGUUACAAAGUGACAGGGACAUGAGGUAGUAAGAAUGGACACAAGUGGUCAAGAUGUCCAAGGCUUCCAUAACCACCCGCCCCCGGCUAUUAGUGGUGAGCAAAGACCUUCUCUGAAAAGACAGGGAUUCCCGCUGUCAAACUCCAGCAUUUCUUAAUGCCUUGGGAAGUCUUGCAGAAUUCAGACCCAGGCCUUUGAUGCGAAGGGACUUGCAGAGAAAGGGGCAGCCGAAACAGGAGUUAACAGUACCUGUUUGUCCAAGGAAAAUCUUCCUCUUGAUUCAGGUCACACUUUCCCAUAGCCACUCUGGCUCCUGGGUCACAUGCAUCAGCUCUCUGGGUGUGCAUAAGUAAGUAUGAUCAUAAAUAUGAGUGAUCUUCACCCAGGAUUUAGGAACCUGUGGUCAUACUGCUGUUAUUGGAGUUCAACGCCCAUUAGCCCAAGCUAGCAUGGCCAGUGAGUUGUAGUUAAAGAACAGGUGGAGAGCUACAGGUUCCCCAUCCCUAAUCUAUGCUUUCCCUCCUGGUAACAAAUUUUAUUCUUGGUAAUGGAGAUUGGUAGUUAAGGGGGAUGCUGCAGGUAGUACAGGGUGAUAUAAUUUCAUGUUUAGGAGCUUUCUAUGUUCCUGAUUCUAACAUCUGGGGAAAAAGAAGGUAGCAUGUUGCCAUGCCAGGAUUUUUUACUUGUUCUCUUUCCAUGCAUAGUGUACCUAUUUUACUGAUGGAUCUGUGAUUAGUGCAGAUGUGAUUUUUCAGGAAUUGGAUGCAAAUAACUGGAUGCAGUUGAAUUCCUCUCUCAAAGGCAGAUAUGCCCUAAAUGCCAGCUAGGAGCCUGUCUCUGUUUGAGUUUUCUUUAUAAAGUGCUUCAAGGACAUGACUGCUAAAAUUAGUCAGCCAGUUUAAGGACUCUGCAGCGUCAUCAAUUUGUGAGUAAUUGACAUUUUGCAUCAGAAGCAAGAGCUUUGGAUUUUACCGCCCUACACUACUCAUUCUAACUGGAUGGAUAUGAAAAUGUAAACUUUCAGGCAAGUUCAGGAUUGCCACCUUCAAAACACUUCCAACUUAAAAUCAGAUCUUGCGCUGGUUUUGUACCUGGAGGAUGACACUAUCUGCCUCUAGUUUCAGACCGGACUUUGUAACCAGCAGCUGCCAGACCAGGUUUAACCUGAUGGAGCAAAAUCUCUGACUGCUCAUAAAGAAGAGUAGCUCAAAACAGAAUUGGUUAAUUAAGGUUUUGGUAUUGUUCUUUUAAAAUAGAUGCACACCCGCCUAAGUCCCAGCCCUGCAGAAGAAGUGCUACUUAAGUUGUUGUGAAAUUGCUUGUGCUUGUUGAAACACAACCUUUAAAUAUGUUUGCUGCAUACAUUUAGAAACCAAACAUCACCACCACCUAGGACUGACUGGUUGUGAUAUGCUUAGUAAUUAAUUUUAGUUUAUAAAUGCUGAUUUUGCAUUUCGGGCAACUUAAUUUACAAUGGCAAGUGUUCUGUUUUUUGAAUCCCACCAACUUUAGGUGAAGCAUACUUCUAGGAAACUAUAUAUCUUUGUUCCAGGUGUAGCCAAAGUGGAGCCCUCCAGAUACUAUUAGACCAAGUGCCCAUCAUCCCUGACCAUUGGUCUGGGCCUGAUGGAAGUUUGGGGGCACCACAGUGAUUACCCCUACUUUCAGAGUCACCAUUUAAUUCCCCCCCUCCUCUGUCAAGCAUCUCUCAGUAGCAAAAUCAGAGAUCAUAAUGGGUAAGAUGACUUCAUAAAUAAUGAAAUAAUAUGUCUAAUAAAGAAUAAUUUCAUUUUCAUCUAGGUAGAAUGGAGUUGGCAACAUUUAUAAUUGGAAUCAGUCACACCAUAUUGCAUCGUGUAUGUAGCUAAGAGUAUUGGGGAGGCUGCUGACUAGUUAACACAGUAGCUGGCUUCGCAGCAUAAAUGCAUGCUUUGUAUGCUCUUGGCAAAGAGCCUCCUUGGAGGGGCGAAAUUCCUCUUAGCCUGCUGUGCCUUUUUGCAUUCAAGCAUAUUUGGAAAUAAGGAGUGGCUGUUUUGUUUGGACACUGGAUUCCCUUGCACAAGCAUACAGCUCUGUCUUGCCACCCAAUUUCUUUUGCAUUUGAACAAUGCAGGAACCUUAAUAAUUUUUAUACUGCCACUCCAUCCAAGGAUCACAACAUGAUGAUAAUGAUAUUAAAUUUGUAUACCGCCCUUCAUCUGAAGAUCCCAGGACGGUUCACAACAGGAAAAUACAAAAUGAGAAGAGAGUCUGUAUCUUAUAUAGAACCCUUGGAAACUUGAAUUGUGGUGUCUGUUUUUUGUUGAUGUCUGUUUUUUUCUUCACACAUCUGUAUCUGGCAUCUUUCCAAAUCUCUUGACAAGUUCUUAUAGUUUGAAUUUUGGGCGGGGGGGGAGGAUUUUCAUUGAAAAGUAAGUCCAGAAAUGUGAUUGCUAAGCAAAGUGUUAUAUUGGCACAGCUGUUGUUGAUGCCCUGGAGAACAAAGCUUAUAGGAGUAAUAAUUUAGAAUUUGGAUAUUAGAUUAAUCAUCAGCAUCAUCUCCUUCCGCAUCCAUGUCUCAAGGUGAUGCACAAAAUACAAUAAAGGUAAAGGGUAAAGGGACCCCUGACCAUUAGGUCCAGUCAUGGAUGACUGGGGUUGCGGCGCUCAUUUCGCUUUAUUGACCGAGGGAGCUAGCAUACAGCUUCCGGGUCAUGUGGCCAGCAUGACUAAGCCACUUCUGGUGAACCAGAGCAGCGCACGGAAACGCCGUUUACCUUCCCGCCAGAGCGGUACCUAUUUAUCUACUUGCACUUUAGAUGUGCUUUCGAACUGCUAGGUGGGCAGGAGCAGGGACCGAACAACGGGAGCUCAGCCUGUCAUGGGGAUUCGAACCACAAACCUUCCGAUUGGCAAGCCCUAGGCUCUGUGGUUUAGACCACAGCGCCACCCGCGUCCUACAAAAUACAAUAGAAACAGCUAAAAACACAGAAGAUAACAGCAAGUUAGUUUUAAAACAAUACCAAAUAGAUGCCCACGGCAGAGACCUAUUCAUCCAGCUGAGAAAGCCUAUUGAAACAAAAAUAUAUUCAAUUGUUUCUGGAAAGUGCAAAUGGUGGGUGCCUUUCAUAUUAUAACUUGUCUUCUGGUGCACGAAACAGAAGUCGUGCUCUGAGUUACUUAUUCUUCUUUUGUCUUGCAUGCAAAUUAUUUCUAGUCUGCAGUUGAUUUUUUACCCUUAAAUAAAAAUUAACUUACCAUGAAAUAAGGCAAAACAUUAAGUUUUCAAAAUUCUCUUCACAGUUCUUCAUAAGGAUCCCAGACAAGUGUACCUUUGUCUACUGGAAAUCGGACGCAUCGUAUCAAGGUGUGUAUUCAUUGGAGUUUUCUAGAUAGAGUAUGUAAUGUAGAGCAAACCUUGAGAAACCUUAAAUGAAGGGUAGCCAAUGUGGUGCUUUCCAGAUGUUGUUGAACUACAACUCCCAUAAGCCCCAGCCAGUGUGGCCACUUGUUAUGGAUGAUAGGAAUUGUAGGCCAGCUACAACUAUGUUGGUUACCCUUCAUUUAAAUGGUUUCUCAAGGUUUUCUUCAGAGAUCCAGCCUCUUUAUGCCUCCUUGACACCCAGGGAAAGAAAGCCUGCCAAAUUUUAAUUCAGUAUGAGUAGUUCAGCAAGUCAUGGCUAGAAGGGGCAGUGUUCUCUCAUUGGAUUGGGCAGCAUAAAUCAAAAUGGCAGAAUUAGAUUCUGUAGGCAGUGGAAGGUUUUUUGGUUUGGAAAUCAAAGAUGGCAUUGUUGUCAAGUCCCAGUAAGGGGGCACACCAUCAGGGAUAACACUGACAUCCCAGUUUGAUUCUUCAGUCCCACUCUCCCAGCUUCCAGUUCUCCUGCUUUCAAGCUCUGAUGUGUUCAUGUGGAACAGGCAUAGGCAAACUUGGCCCUCCAGAUGUUUUGAGACUACAGUUCCCAUCAUCCCUGACCACUGGUCCAGUUAGCUAGGGAUGAUGGGAGUUGUAGUCCCAAAAUAUCUGGAGGCCCAAGUUUGCCUAUGCCUGAUGUAGAAAAUUGUUUCCAGGCAAAUACAUGUUCUGAGAGUCUGGCUCUGCAGCUUAUAUGAUUGAACCUUUGGAGAGCACUUCCUACAUUUCUCAGGAAGUCAAACCUAUAUUUUAGAUAUUUCACAGCCUGCUGUAUAUGCACUUAGACAUGCUAGAGACAUGUAAUAGCUAUACACUAUUUUUCAUUUCCUUGUUUCAGAAUUUUAUUUAACCUAAAUGCAGUGCCUUUUCCUCCCACCCCUCCUUUCCUUUUUCUAGAUAUGGAGUUGAACCGCCUGUAUUAGUAAAACUGGAGAAGGAAAUUGAAUUGGAAGAGACCUUAUUAAUGUCCUCUGAUCCUGUUGCUCCUGCUGUCACUCCCAAGUCGUGUUGUCAACAUGGAGAACUACACGAAGCAGUAAGUAUUGCUUGCAUUUUGUCCAAUGAAGUUUUAGCUUGCUUCGGUGAAUUACCUUGUAUUGUGUGCUCCUCUGAAUGUGCCUUUAAAAGGAGCUCCAUUUGAAAAUGAGCUUCAUCUGUGUAAUCUCAUCGAGUUGUAUCCAAUUUAAGUCGUACUCAGUAGAGUCAUAAAAAUUUACUUGAUGUCCCCCAGCUAGUAUGAUUUAAGCAGCCUAACUGCACAGGAUUGCCAUCUGAUAAGUGCAUUCCUGUGAUUCUUUACUGAGAAGUAAGUCCCACAUAGCUUCAGUGGACCUCUUUUCCAGGUAAGACUGGCUGCAAUCUUUGUAAUAAACAUCCAACUAAGUAGGAAAGGAAAUUUGAUCACAAUGCAGGAAGAAGAAAAUGCAUCUGUUGCAACAACUAAAAGCGCUCUUUAUUUCCUCUGAAAUUGUGUGAGCUUAUUAUCAGCUUGGCAGUUUUGAGGAAGAAGGGUGAGAUCUUCAUAUUGGCUUUCAGUGAUGUCAUUCUUGUAGCAAAACAGGAAGUUCGCAUUCAUCAUUAUUUUUUAAAGAUAACAGGGAGAAAUUAACAAGAAAUAUUUGUACAAAAUAGGUUAAGCACAUUGCUGAAGAUCCUCCUUGCAGCUGCUCCCACAGGUUUUCAAUUGAGUACCUGUCUGAAGGACGCUACAGGUUGGGAGACAAAAUACUCUUCAUACGUGUAAGUUCAAUUUCUCAAAAUGGUUUCCGACCUCUUGCUUUGGAAUAGGCUGUCCCAUCUGGGCCGGGCAUAGCCCACAUCCCCACAGAUAGUAAUUCAGUCUCAUGAAUGGAGACAUCACGCUGGUGAAGUUACUUUCGCAAUUUCCUUGCCUGUUUAGAAGACUGUCCCUAGCACUCUGCAAGCAUUCAGCCUCAACACACAAGAGCAGAUUUUUUUUGUAGGACCCAGAGACUCAUGCAUCAGCCCUCUCCCCAGUGCCCAGUGAGGAAGGUCUAAGUGUAUUUGACUGGUAAUGCAGGGCUCCUGAUUGUGAGGAAUCUUGUAAGCCCGUUCAGUGCCCUUCAGACAUUCAUACCAAGCAUAUGAAGGUUGGUAGCAGAGGGAAAAGGUCUAGCAUGCUCAAGGGUCUUGGGGGCAGAGGCUGGGGCAUGCACUCCUGGCCCCCUUAGCACCUUUCCUAGAAUCAUAGACUUGGCACUCCAAGAGUCAUUAGUCAAACCCCUGCAAUGCAGGAACCAUAGCUACAUAAUCUCUGGGAGAUGGCCAUUCAAUCUCAGUUUAAAAACUUCUAAUGAAGCAGAGUCUACCACCUUCCAAGGUGUAGUCCAUUUCACCGCCAAGCGUCUUUUGCCAUCAAAAAGUUAUUCCACAGACUUUGUUGGAAUCUCUUUUCUAGUAAAUUGAAUCCAUUGGUUUGGGUUCUACACUCUGGAGCAGCAGAAAACAAGCUUGCUCCAUCUUCCAUGCAGUAUUUUUCAUAUUCAACCUAAAUGCCUGGCUGAGUGAUGCUAGGGACUGCUUGAUCAAUAAGUCCCUCUGCUUUCUGCUGUGGUUGUUGGCAGCCUGCAUUCCUCUGCCCUCUUGGUCUGCACUUGUUUAAUGUUUUUAGGAUUUGUGGAGUGGUCUUCAGGGACAGCUGGAGAUCGUUCUGUAAUAUAUGAGGAAAGCUGGUAAAUGGGAAACUAUGAUAGAGUCCCAGAGGGUGGAUUAAGGCCCCUCAGAGAUGCUUCUAAGCCUAAUAUACUGCAGUACAAAAGGGCAGAUAUCCUAUUCUCUACUCUUUCUCCCUUCUUCUGCUAGAUGUUACACGGCAAGCAUGUGAUGGUACGUGUUGGUGGAGGUUGGGAUACGCUUCAAGGAUUCCUACUCAAGUACGACCCUUGCCGGGUGCUGCAGUUUGCAACGUUGGAACAGAAAAUCUUGGCGUUUCAAAAAGGUGCUUCCAAUGAGACUGUUCCCGAUUCAUCUGCUAGAGCGCCACAGCCUCCACUCAUGAAUCCCAUAUCUGCAGUGGAUACGUAUCAGAAACAAAAUUCAAAGCCCUGUACUCCUGUUUCAGAUCCAAAAACUCCACAUGUAACUAACAGAAAACAGGCAGUAGCCAAGUUUCCACAAUCAGGUGGUCUUUCUUCCCCCAAAGUAACAACGUGUACGUCUCCUACAAGCCAGCUUGGACCAGGGCACACCAAGUCAAAAGGCUUAGUAGUGAAUAACAAUAUGGCAUCUUCCAAAUCUUCAGCAGCUGCAUCAAAAAAAUCAGCACCUCCUUCUCAUAAAUCAACUUCGGUUUCAAAAGUUCAGCAACCUGUAAAUAAAGGUUCCUCCUCCUCUUCCUUGUUGAGAACUGCUGUAACUUCCAAUUCGCUUCAGAAGCGUGUCUUGUCGCCAGCCAAACUUGCACAUUCCCAGAAUUCUCCAGCUGUUUCAGAUCCUGCCCUUUUUUGUUCAGCGAGUAAGCUUUCUGAGCUACCUGGAACAAAAGCUAAAAGAGUGGCUGUAGAACAAGAUUUCGAUUCUCCUACUAGCAGAGCUCGGCUUGAUGCUGCAGCCAAAGCUAAGCCUCUUUCAAAAACCUUAGCAAGACCUACAAGGCCAGCUGACAGAAAUCCGCAUGUCCCAAAGCCAACAUUGUCUCAACAGCCUUCUGCAAAACCAGUUCCCAAAAUCACCACCCAAACAUUACCCGCACAAUCCCAGUCACCCAGAGGCAUGCCAGAAAUUAGCCAAGCCAAAAACAUCAAACCUGCUGUUAGCCCUGCUUUGGUUACAGAUGGUAAAUCAACACAGCUGAUGUCUUCAUUGGGACAGAGGGGUAAAAAUGCAGCCUCAUCUGUUAACAACCAGACAUCUGUCAAAAAUGUUCAGGUCCAAAAUAGCACGGCAAGAACUCCGGUAGGAUCCAGUGUGUCAAAACAUCCUGAGCGUACCCCACUGUCUGUGGUGCGCCUUCCCCAAAAAUCAACCAAAGUCGAAACCAGAAAAAAGGCUAUGCAAAGUGCUAACAGAGGUCAAUCAGCAGUUAAAUCUUCUCAGAAUGAGAAAAACCUUCAUCCAUCCACUAAGAAUCCUCUUUCAAAAGUUAAGACUACGGCUGUAACUACUAAGGGGACACCUGGAAGCUUAAAGGACCCAACACUGAAGACUAAGCAAGAUGAUAAUUAUUUUGUUAUGAGUGGAAAUAAGAAACUCAAAAAGUUAAAAUAACUAAGGAUAUUAACUAUUGAUGUUGCCUGCUCUUCCGGUAGCUACUUCAUUCAAGUGUAAAAGGUUUAAAUAACAAUAUGGUAAUCAAGAUAUUAACUCCCUUGUCUAUAAAUGAUGGUGUUUGAUAAGCUCUGCUAAUCAGCUAAGAGUGUUCACUAGAACUUAUACCAGGCUUCUCUAAUACAGUAGUACAUUGAUCUCUAUAGGGCAUCUUAUUUUAGUCUGUAUUCUAUGCAUCUUUAGUACAAUUCUGGCAUUCAUGUUUGAUGUGACAAAGUGUUCGUUUCUCAUGACAGAUAUUUCUGAAUGGAUCCCAUGUGCCACCUAGUAUUUUUCUUACCAGGGAAAACCAAUAAAGAGCAGGAUCCUUUAAAAGAGCCUGUAUUAGUGGGCACCGGAAGGUACAUUUAUCAGGAAUGUGUAGAAUCUCCUGAUGACAUUAGCCCUUUUAGGAGACGCUCUUGUGCAUUGAUUCAGAACUUCGUCUGAAGAUGCUUUUUGUCAAAAGUGGAAUUGGGAAAUUGAGCCUUGUAUCUAAACACUAAUUUCAGUAAGAAUAAGAUGUGAGUAAGUUUUUUAAAAAAACAACAACAACAGCAAGGUAGAAGUAGCCAACAUGUGAGUAGCUUUAUAUUGGGGAGAGAUCAGAGUUGUUGUUAGUAGUAGUUUGGCUUAUCUUGAAUGCUGAACAGAAAUGGUUAGUUAGCUUUAGGGCAUAUCCCGUGCUACAGCUCUGUUCUGCGAUGGACUUCCAUACGCACAACAGACCUUCCUCCUUCGCUCCCAUCCCCUCCAGCUCCCCACUCAAAAUCUACUCUGGCGAGUUGGGAGAGUGUCCAGAGCAGAGGGUUUUUUUGGGGAGGGGGGUGGGGAUGGCAGGAACAGAAGAAACAGAAGUUCUGCUGGGGCAGUGGAACUACACAUGUGAAGCACUGGAUACAACCCUUCAUUUUUAAGGGGUAUUUAUUCUAAUUUAAAAGCUCUUAUGUAAGUCCCAUUUAAGCGUUCAAUACAACUAGCUCCCUAAGAACACUAAAAAUUUCUGCCUUAAAACAUAACUUCAGUGCCUUAGCACACGAUGUGCUCUGUUGUAUCACAAGAUAUUUUAAAUAUCUGGGUUCAAACGUGUGCCCUAGUUUAUUCAUGUGGGCUGAGUUCAAGCCUGUGCUGAUCUCAGCAGGGCUUAAGCAAAUGAAACGCUGGGUCUGAUUGCACAGGAACAAUUUAAUGAACGCUGGUGCUUUGUAACUCUUCUGCGUGUCAGUCUUUCUGAGGCGAGUGGAGCUUGCGCAGCCACAGUGCUUAAUGGAUUGCAUGCUUAAAAUGCAUUAGCCAAACCUCCCUAUGGGAGGGAGAACACCCCGUAGAAUUCUAGGAAAUAUGCUUGUGUCUGCAGAAGUGGGCGAGCAACCUUCAGAUAAUAUGAUUUACAUCUGUAAGCACAAUUCAAAUGCCUUUCAAAUAAGCUGCCUACGUCGUUUUUUAAUAUUUAUAUUGCACAUUACUUCAUGCUAGCUGCAUAAUUCAUUCCUUGUUGCAUUUAAUACAGCAUAACCUGCCAUAUGCAGCAAACUUUGGAGCGGAAGUAGCUUGAUCUAAGUGUCUUCAGUACAAAGCUAUACAAUUCUCAAGCAAGAUAGUAUUAACGGCAUGUGUAUACCAGCUUGUAUACACCUGUACUUCCUAAAGCAGUAUUUUUUAGACAUUUACCUUUUUUCAAAAAAAACCCAACAACUUCGCAGUCCAUAGACUUUUUUUUCUUCAAAUGUAGAUGUCAGGAAAAGCACUUUCUCACAAAACUGUCUGCAUGUUGCACUACUGAAUAUCAAAUCAUGUCUUUAAUUGCAACGUACAUUGCGAACCCAGGUGAAACUGAUCUUGAGAUAAUGGAUUCUGCCCAAAAUCACAAAUUAGUAAAACAUUAUUGACUGAAGUGGAAAUAAUCAGCCAUGCACACACACACCCCGCUCUUCACAUUUGCUCUAGCUUCACUAAAAAAAGAAACGCCUGACUAGAUGAGGCAGAAUGCAUGUCCCAUUGAAAACAAUGCUGUGUAGACAAAAUAUAUCCACAGUUAGCUUUACAUUCUAACAGUGCACUGCCAGUUUACACUCCUCCUUGAUCCUGUACAUGAAAAUUCCACAGGAACGUGUCUAUACGCACUCCUCCCCUUAGCUGCUUUGGAGUGACUAGUUAUAUGUGGCACCUAUAUAGCUCUUACAUAUACGGCAGUGGUUGGGAGACAAAGUAAAUGUUGUGCCUGAAAACUACUUUUUAUUUAUUGGAAAACAGCAGUGAAGAGGUAUUCACACAAGUCAGUGUCCGAUCUUUACUGGCCAUAACAUGAAUAUUCAUUUCUGCACUACCAGUUUCUAUUAUUUAUGGAAUUUUGUAAGUCAAUAAACUGCUGCAAUCUAUG